AAAUACAAACUAAUAAAGCAUUGAAAUGAAUAAUAUUUAAACAAAUGUUUCAUUAUAAGUAACUGUUGUUGUUAUGAAUGAGAAAUGUCAGGAUUUGGUUAUCGGAGCCGACUGCUCGGCGCAAACACAGGAAAUCAAAAAACCAAAGAAAAGAGCGUAUCGCAUGGCGGACGACGCGGGCGACUGCCUGUUCGAGCGGCUCCGACUGCACCAGCAACGCGCCCCGGACGCGACUGAGGUCGCGCGUGCUAUCACAGCUAGAAUCAACUCGCGUCUCACAUCACACGACAAACACAUCCGACAGAGCACGCUUGACAAACUAUGGAACAAGCAAACUGGUGCGAUACAAAUGCUUCUAUCUAUAUUAGAGAAUUCAAGAGAUACAGCGACAUCAACCUAUAUAACAUCAAUAUUUAGAGAAGCUCUCUGCCUUAAACAAGGAAAAGGAAAAAAAUGUUCAGUAGCGAAUGAAACCUUGGGGUCGAAAAAGAAGGAAAGCAAAAAAGGCAAAGAAAAUAAAACACCAUUGAAUAAAAAGGCAAACAACAUACAACGGCAGCAAUGUGCGCAGGAUUUUGUGGAAAUGAAAGGAACACAGACCAUUAUUAGACGAGUCAUAUCAACGGUCCAUGACAAGAGGGAGCAUCAUGCUGGGGUGGAAUUAGUAUUAAAUGAUCUGGUGUGGAUUCUCGCUCCGUUGGGGUCAAAAGAUCCAAAAUUUGCAAUGAAGGUGAGAAUGUUGGGAUGCGUUAGGACGAUGCAUCUAAUUUUGAAAGGACAUUUCACUGACAAUAAGUUGAUAUUUCCACUAUUAGUCAUCAUGAAACAGCUAGCCAAAAAUUCCGUAACAACUUCCAUUUUAAUACGUGACGGAGUCAUCGCGACUUACGAUCGAGUGUUAAUAAGUCUAGGCUUCAUUCCUACAGCGAGACUGAGACUCUGUUUGGACGCUAUAGACUACUUUAGCAAGAACAAGGUGUGCUGCAUGCAGAUUGUGAAGACAGGACUGUGUGGAGUGCUAAUAAGAGUGUUCGACCGCUGGGACCGCUACGAGGGGCGCAUGAGGCUCAAGAUAUGCGCACACAUCCUCCAGACAUUACAGCACCUCUGCAACAUCAAGGCUGGACGUCGUGCUCUUUGCACCAAGAAGCACGUGCAGACCCUCCACAGGUUCUGUUCCCAGUGUCCUGAUGAAAUCGAGUUCGACGGACUGUUGGCUAGAGUCUGUUCCGUCAUAACAUUGUGUCUCAAGCAUCAGGCAUUACCAGUGCCAUCAUCUAGUCCAGCUACCUUCAACCUGAACCCUAUACUUAAAGGAACAAAUACCACAUGGCCAUGUCAUGAAGAUGAUGAUGACGGCGGAAACUCAGACUCGAAGACAAUCAAUUCGGAUUUGGAAGACGAUGCUCCUGACAGUGAUAACGAGGUCAUUGAUGACUUCCCAGAUAUUGAUUUCGAAGAAAAUGACUUAAAGAAUAAUGAAGAUUUGGAGAAAUCACAUACAAAAAGUGGGGAGAGCAUACAGAGUGCACUGUGGAUCAAUCCCAAUGAGAGAGAUAUCGAAGACUUAAAAAGAUACUAUAUUUUCUUCAAGGAGUUCGGUUCCUAUAACAAGCAAAUAAGGUUGGUAAAAAGCCGGUCCAAUUCCCGGGGGUCCAUACUAGAUGACAUUUUUAUAUCUCAAAAUAGCGCUAACCGAAGCCAGCCGUCGCCGACAAAUCUUUCUUUAACUGCAGUACUUGGGAAUACCGACUACGACAGCGCUUUAGGAUCAUCUCAAACGCUUUCAUUCCUGCAAGGAUAUCAUAAGAUACACGAAAGCACUUCGACAACAUCUUGUUCUUCCUUAAAAAUCCAUAAAGAUAUAUCAAAAUACAGUCCGCUCGAGUCAGUUUAUUCAAUAAUAUCAUCGAGAGUUAAAAGCAUCAUUCCAUUUGUAAAAGUUGCCUACCCAGAUAUGACAGGCGGGCAGGGUGCAACACAACCAGAGCCAUUAAAUAAAAUGGAGAGAACAGCUUGCAGAAAUAAAUUACUCGCUUGCGUCGAGAGAGCAAUUAAUCCGGAAGCGUAUAUGAAUGAAGUUGUGUAUGAUCUGGACGCUUUGAACAGUUCGAGCUCAAACGCAGACACGACUUCGCAGAAAAGAAUAUCUUCCAGUUUAAGCAACGAGAGUUUAUUUUUAAUUAACACCGACGAGCAAGAAAUAACAAAAGUCAAUAGUUUCUCAUCGAGACUAAAUUUUGAAUCGAGAUUUGAGUCGGGAAAUUUAAGAAAAGCUAUACAGGUAGGUCCAAGAGAAUAUGAAUUAAUUUUAAUGCCAGACGUAAAUUCUCCAAAACGGCAUCAGUGGUUUUACUUCGAAGUGCGUAAUAUGCAACAGGGACGGCCCUAUAUAUUUAAUAUUGUGAAUUGUGAGAAAUCAGAUAGCCAAUUCAACUUCGGCAUGAAGCCUGUUAUGUAUUCUGUGAAGGAAGCCGUCCUUGGAAGACCCGGGUGGGUGAGAGCCGGUUCGGACAUUUGCUACUACAGGAACAGCUACCACUAUUCCAAUCAAAGAAACAACAAGUGCUACCUAACAGUUACGUUCAACAUCGACUUUCCCCACACAAACGACGUCUGCUACCUCGCUUACCACUUCCCAUUCACUUACUCCAUGAUGAUGACUAGAAUUUUCCAAUGGAGUUCUCAAUUGCCUCCUGGCGCUUAUCUACGAGCUGAGCCCUUAUGUUAUACACUUAACAACAACGAAGUUCCUCUGUUGACUAUAUCAGCUGAUGAUACUCCGUCCAAUCCCAUAGUCGACAGGGAGAUAGUAUUCCUUACGGCUCGAGUCCACCCUGGUGAAAGCAACGCGUCCUGGGUAAUGGAUGGAACGCUGCGUUUCCUGCUCACAGACACUUCAUCCGCAGCGGCCCUCCGUAACAAGUACGUGUUCAAAAUCGUGCCGAUGCUCAACGUCGAAGGCGUCGUUAAUGGCUGCCAUCGAUGCGGCUUAACUAAUGAAGAUUUAAAUCGACGCUGGUGCAAGCCGAGCCCCGUUUUGCAUCCUUCUAUUUACCAUACCAAGGGCCUAAUAGAAUAUUUGGUGCGUGUUUGGAAGAAACCUCCGGUAGUUUAUUGCGACUACCACGGUCAUUCGCGCAAGAAGAACGUGUUCUUUUACGGUUGCGCCGGCGCAGAGAGCUGGUGCAGCAACGACCGGCUUGUCCCGGACGAGCCUGUUAAAUAUCUCAUGCUUCCAGCUUUAAUGCACCGGCUAUCACCGGCGUUCGCUCUUGGUUCGUGUUCCUUUCGUGUUGAACGUGAGCGUGAGAGCACAGCGCGAGUCACUGUGUGGCGCCACCUAGGAGUCACACGGUCCUACACUAUGGAAGCAUCAUUUUGUGGAUUUGAUAGGGGACCGUUUAAAGGAUUUCAUCUCAACACCCAGCAUCUGCAGAGCGUGGGCAGUGACUUUUGCGAAGCUCUCAACGGUCUCGGAGAUACAGCCAACAAUGUUGACAUACAACUCACUAAAGAUCUCAAUGGAAAUAUGGUUGAGGUUCUUUUAACGGGUGCACCAAGGUACAGCGAAAUAGCAAUAGACAGUGAAGCUGGCUCGGGGUCGGACAGCGUAUUGAAAACAGAUUCGGAUGAAGAUUUCGAUUAGACUUUUGGGGUAUAAUAUUUGACAGGUGUCAAUUUCUAUAGUAAUAAGAAUACGGCCUUUUCUUGAAAUUUUCUUUUGCCAUAUUAUAUUAUAUAUUUCAUACUUUUACGACUUGGAAGUUCUAAUGGCGUAAAUUAAAUAUUUUUAUUUUUUUAAACGUAUAAUUAUUUUAAUUUAUAUUAAUUUACAAAUUUGACUUUCUAAUGUUUUAAGUCGUGUAACGAAAUUGAUCGUGUCUGUGAUUAUAUAUUGUAGUUUUUGUUAAUGAUAUUUUUUGUGUGAAUUCUGGUGAUCUCAAUAACAAAUAAAGUAUUAAAUAUG